ACAAAAUGGCGCCAGUUUAUUAGCAGAUUAGACAUAAACAUUGCAAGAAUAAUUGAUUUUCAAUUAUUCUUUUCUCAAAAAUUACGCGUUUCCGUAUAUUGAGACUUUGUGUGUGUGCUUAUAAUAGUGUAAUCUUUCUGUAAAAAUACGUAUCAACACCAAACUCCACUGACGUCAAUGGAAAGUCGUACCUAAUAAUAUUUAAUAGCUUGAGUGUUAACAUUAUCAUUUUCACAAUCACAAAUCAGUAGUUAAUAAUUUUCCAUUUAGCAGCUUGUUAACAUUGGUGUAUAAACUGUGAACAACCACAUUUAUUGUUAAAUUUAGUAAAUAAUCAUAAAGCCUAAAUUAUGAUAUUCGUACGAGAGGAACGAAAAGUUGCAAAACAUUUUCGUUUUCUGAAUUAUCGUAGCAAUAUUCGUAUUUAUUAGAUAGAACUGUCAACCGAGUGUGUCAACCAUAACCAUAGACCAAAACUGCCAUAGAUUUAGGUUUUUUUGGCUUUGGAUUCUGGGGUUUUGGCUAAAUUAACGCCAUCUAUACAAGGCUAAACAAAACUAGCCUACAAAUUUAUGUACCUUGUUCACUAGAGGGCAGAACUUCCAAUGCAUUUUUUAUUCUUGUAAAUUUGUAUGGCAGUUUCAUCCCCCUGUUGCCGUCAAAAUCUCCAAACGACUGCUCAAUGUGACGCAUCAACAUAUUGUGAAGCAAUGAAUUAUGAAGGAUAAUUAUACAUGAAGACAAGGCUGUAUGGCAUAGUUCCUUUGCCUGCUCUCUCGAGCGAAUAAUAAAAACAACAACAAUUAUAAUAAAAACAACAACAUUUAUUUAUUGAUUGUUUCUUUUAUUUUUACAAAAGUGUUAACUAACGUGUUUCUAUAUAGUUUGUGUAACUAACUAAUAACUAUGGAUUCGUUAGACGGUGAUAGUGCAAUGGUGAUCAUCAUGGGAAGAUGUAAAUGUUGCCUUAAUGAAGGAGAUUUAAAAAAUAUGUGGACACCGUAUACAUAUGAAGGAGAAACCGAAAUUUAUGGAAUGAUGUUGACAGAAUGUUUUGCUCUAUCAUGGCAGCAACCAGAGGACAACAUGAAGUACAUGGAUAUGAUAUGCAUCUCUUGCAUCUCUCGGUUACGUGAUGCACUUGCUUUCAAAAGAGAAGUUUUAGUGAGUGAAGAGGUGCUGCGUGAAAAUCAAGAUGAAAUAUUUCUUCAUACUACAAUGAAAGUGGAGAAAAAUUUGGAAGAGGAAGAAGAAGAAGUCAAGUUUAGUGAUGUGGAAUACUUAGAGAUCCCAGACAGUUUAAACAAAGAUGAAUUAUGUGAAGAAUAUUUGUCAGAUGAUAACUCUCUGCUAGUAGAACGUACAAUAAAAAGGUCAAAAAAGCUCACAAAUGAAGAGGGGAACAAAACGUACAAGCAGUAUACUGACGAGGAACUACAAAUGGCCAAUGAUGCAGUCCAGAACAAUGAAAUGUCACAUACAGAACCGGCUGAGCUUUUUAAAGUGCCCACGAAAACUAUCUCUGCUACUAGAUCCGCAAUAUUACAGACAAAGAAAAGGUGCUCGUGAAUACGGCAACAUGUUAAUGUGCCUUGAAGAAUCUCAUAAGGCCACGCAGGAUUUAGACCGAACAAUCGCAGAUUCCAGAAGAAAAUCGUAAAAGAAAAUGGCCGAAGAAACAACCAAAGCAAGACCGAAAGAAAACAUACAAGCAGUAUACUGAAAAGACACUGAGAAUGGCCAUUGAUGCUGUACAGAAUGAAGGGAUGUCACGUAACAAAGCGGCAGAGAAGUUUAAGGUGCCUAAGAAGACUCUUGAAUUAAGACUUCAGAAUGCUAUUGCCAAAAAAGAGGAGCCGGAUGAUGAUGAUGCAUCAAAAAUAAUAGACCAAGAAAAACACUACAAACUCGUAGAGGAAAUUAAAUCUAUACUCACUUACACAAAUGCAAUACCAUACAAAACAAGAUUGUCAAGGUACUACUGUGCAUACUGCUCUACAUAUGGACCAGCUUUUGAUGACGCUGAUGAUUUGAGGACUCACACUAAAACAAAGCAUGUCGAUGAUCGGACUAAAGCCGUAGAUCAGAUAAUGAGACCACACUGGCUUAAUGAAGUGUUAAGGAUUGAUAUACACAGUCUCCAUUGUACAGUUUGCUGUACAAUCCUGCCCACUUGGAACGACAUGUUCCGACAUCUUGAAGAUGUGCAUGAGGUUGUUCUAGAUGAGACCUACAACAGAGUUAUACCUUAUAUCCUCGCAAGAGAGCUGAAAUGCGCUUUAUGUGGAGAAGCCUUUCCGAAUUACCACAUGCUGGACGGACAUAUGAACACCCAUUACAGUAGUUACAUUUGCUCAGAAUGCGGUGAUACUUUCUUAUCAGCGAGCCGACUUAAAAGACAUGUGGAAGUACACAAUACUGGGAAGUUCCCUUGCGAGGUUUGCGGUAAAGAGUACAAUUUGAAGAAGUACAUGAAGAAGCAUUUUGUCAUCGCACAUGGGCAGAAAGAUCGAUACAAAUGCUUAUACUGUCCGGAAAGAUUUUCCAGAACAUUCCAGAGACAUCAUCAUGUACUUGAAAAGCACAAAGAGAUGGUCAAGAUUAAAACUUGUGAGAUCUGCGGAAAGACAUUCGACUGGAUGCCCUACUACUCGGCUCACAUGAGACGAAAGCAUGGGAACGAGAAGAAUUACAAAUGCAAACAGUGCGACAAAAGUUUCCUUAUGAAGUAUCAGUUGAGGGACCAUCAAGAAAAGCAUUUGGAGGAGAGGAACGUUGUUUGUGACGUGUGCAAUGAGAGAUUUAAAACUAAAGCCGGCUUAGUGCGACACUGUCAGCUGCAUCAUAACUUUCCAACCGCAAAAAGUCAGGUGGUUAAAUAAAUCAGUGUUGACAGAUUUGGUUAGUGCUUACAAUUGGGUAUUUGGCACCAUUAGUAAAUAAUUGCAUCUGUUACUGUUACAACGUAGGCUUCCCCCAGAGAUUGCCUCAUAGCGUGAUAUUUUAUGUUGUUGUCACUCUUGACUGGUGGGUUGACAACCACGGUAAUUUUUUACUUUUGUUAUUAAGAAGAUUCUGCUGCCCAUCUACCGGUUCUCUUCCCUCUUCCCCCUCGUUAACACUUUUGUACCAUUACCGUUUAUCUCUUUUUAGGUUAAUAU